CUGUAUUUAGAGCACACAUAUACACAUUUCACCUGUCAUAUUCUGCUCAUCUGAUCAUUAUUCAAUCUGCUCACUAAACCUGGGCUAAUUGCUGGUAUUAAUAGAUCUUCUCAUUUAGUUACAGACUCACUCACUCACGUUUCCUGACUCCGGUUAACCUUUGUUUCUUAUUUAAUUCCCUAAUAUUUUCUACCCUUUGGUAUAUAUAGAUAUAUAUUUCACAUUAUUUUUGGUUUAAAUGGUUGGAUAAUGAAUGAUAUAGAUACAAAUCCAAAUCCAAAUUCAAAUUCAUAUAUCAAUCAUCAAUCAGCAGCUACUUCUACUCUCCUUCAACAAGAUCCUUCCCAUAAAAAGAUUGCUAAUAGUUUUCAUAAUAUAAUUUCUUCAAAGCACGAUUAUAUUUAUCAUCAUAAUCAAUUACCUCAUCAUCUUCAACAACAAUCUCCUUCUUUACCGUUUAAUUCAGAGUGGUUGGAUUCUCCUAAUAAUUCUCCUUCAAAAUCAAGCACAGCUCCAAAUAGUAAUAUGUCAUCUACUAUUAUAACAUCAAAAUAUGAAACUCCUCAACCGAAGAAGGUUGGUGGAGUUGUUAAUGCAGCAACUUUCAAUUAUAUCACUCCUACCUCAGAAAACAAGAUUGUAGAUGUACUUAAUGUGGUUGGAUCAUCAACUACAAAUAAUUCUACAACUACAAUAAAAUCAACUAGUUCUAAAAAGGUUAUAUCGAAUUGGGAUAUAAUCUGGUCUAUGUUAAAUGAUAUCGUUGGUAAAGAUAAAAUGGCCAAGAUUGGUCAAUAUACUUUAAGAUUAUUGAUAUAUCAUGCUAAUCAAGUUCAAACCAAUUUAAGUGAUGAUGAUCUUAAUAUCAAAUUUAUUAAUAAUAAAUUCCAAACUCGAGAUGAUUAUUUACAAUUAAUUAAACAAUCAAUUAGUCAACCUCGAGAUUUUUUAAAAAUCAUUAUCAUCUUACUUUGUUCCAUCUUUAAAAUGAAAUUCUCAGGAUUAAUAACUGGUUUAUCAAUGUAUCGACAAUUUCUUAGAUUUGGUAAAACACCCUUCAGAAUACGGGAUUUAAUUAAUAAAUUCUCAUCUAAUAUCCAAUAUAAUAAAGAUUCAAAAUUGACGAUAAAUUAUGAUGCAUUGGUUAAUAAGAAAACUUUAGGUCAAUUCUUUUCCCUUUAUUAUGGUAUUAAUGAUGAAUCAUUAUUAUUAUUCAAAAUGAAAUUCUUUACCAAUAAGAAAUUAUAUUCGAUUGUAUCAAGACAUGAAUCCUUAGGGUGGUAUUGUGAGACUUGGUUAGCGAUGUAUAAUUGUUUAAAUAAUUUAAGUGCCUUGACUCAACAAGAGAUGGAUUUAAAGAUUCAAAUCCAAGUUCGUAAUAAAGCUAAGAUCUUAUCCAAACAAUUAUUAAGAAAUUCCAAUGUUAAUUCAAAUAGUUUUGAUUUUUCAACUGGGGGUGGUCUGUCAAGUGAUGAUCAAGAAGAUUUAAGAUUAUUAAAAGAAGUCAGAUUUAAAAUGAAUAAUUGUUAUUUGGACGUUUAUAAGAAUCUUUCUGAUUUGAUCUUUAAUAGUUAUACUGUAUUCAGAUUAAAAUUACCUUUUGAUACUUUACAAAUUUGGAUGGGUAUAAGUGCUGCUCUGUUAAGUACGAUUAAAUUAUAUCGUGAAACUAAAAAGAAAUUAAUUGAAAAGCAAAAAUGAUUGAGAUUUAAUCAUGCAUUCAUACAUAUAUAUAUAGAGACU